UAGGGAUUCCCAUGAUUUUUCAUUUAUGUGGUUCAUCUUUCUUCUCAUAUUUCUUAUUGUUAGCUGUUUUUGACUCAAGUGAUUUUCAGGUAGCAAGCAGUUGGCUACGGUACCUUCCGGCGGGGCUGCGCCUGCUGGGCAGGCACCGGCAGCUGGUGGUGGUGCUGAGAAGGAGUCAGCUCCAGCGGAAAAGAAAGAAGAACCUACGAAGAAAGUUGUAGAGGAGGAUUCAGAAGAAGAAGACAUGAACUUCUCAAUUUUUGAUUAA